AUGGGCGUCCACGACGUCGCUGUGGAGGUCGCCACAUACAUGGCCUCCUAUUAUGAUGCCUGCCGCGAAGGCAGGCCGCUCACCCGAGCCACCACCCUCAAUCCCUCUCUCGCGGCAGCUGGCAGGCAGGCAGCAGACGUGGUUCUUGAAGCACGGGGGCGUAAAGUGACUGUUCUCGGGGAUGUUGAGGUCUAUGCAAAAGACAUCGGGCCCGGCAACAGGGGGCGAAACAUAUCAUUGGAGGCAAAACGCGAAAGAGUGAGGCCACCCCUUGUCUGUAACACAACUGAUACGCCCUGGAAAUUGUUUGAGCGCGACCCUGGUACCAACAACGUCCUGAUUGAUGCCCCAUGCGUUGUGGAAGAUCAAAAGGAACGGGGACUCCUCUGGUAUCUUCCUGGUGCCGGCGUUGCCGCUCACAAUGAUGUGAUGGUUAGAUCCCUCAUGGGCCUAGGCCCUACGCUAGAGAAGAGCAUUCUCAAGGACGAUAGAAAGGAACAGCGACCCUCCUCGUUCCUUUUCAAAGAUGCGCAGGAAUGCAAAAUUUCACCCAGAGGCACCAUUAACUUCUCGCCCGCCUGGUACGGCCAAAGCAACCCAAGGGGCCCCGUUCCCUCCUGGGUCAGUGACCAGGCAGACACGCUCUCAAUCCACUCGGGUAUCCUCUGCCUUGUCCAUCCGCCUCAAUUCUACGGCGGACUCCAUAGCCAAGCCACCAUUGGCAGGCUCACUGAAUGUCGCAAGGCUCUCGCAGAGUGGCCUUCGGUCUUCGAUGCCAUGGCCAUCUUCUCCAACAGGGAAACACUUUACCACUGA